UAUUCCAAUCAUGGAUCUUUCUAUCCAAUUAACAGUCAUAAGUUUGUUCGUUUCCCUCAUUUUUCUCAUUCGCUCAUUUCUUAAAAAAAAAGUGCAAGAUUCCAAGUCUAGAGAAGCACCGGAACCCGCCGGUGGAUGGCCAAUCAUAGGCCACCUCCACCUUCUAGGAGGCGGAGACCAGCUUCUUUACCGAACACUUGGGGCAAUGGCGGACAAGUACGGCCCAGCCUUCAACAUCCGCCUCGGCAGCCGCCGAGCUUUUGUAGUGAGCAGCUGGGAAGUAGCAAAAGACUGUUUCACAGUCAACGACAGGGCACUCGCUUCUCGACCCACGACGGUGGCCGCCAAGCACAUGGGCUACAACUAUGCCGUGUUCGGCUUCGCGCCCUACAGCCCAUUUUGGCGGGAGAUGAGAAAAAUCGCAACGCUCGAGCUCCUCUCGAAUCGAAGGCUGGAUAUGCUCAGACAUGUCAGGACGUCAGAACUCGACAUGGGCAUAAAAGAACUGUACAGUUUGUGGGUCCAAAACGGAGGUUUACGACCUGCCGUUGUCGAGCUCAAUCACUGGUUGGAGGAGCUGACGCUUAACGUGGUGGUUAGGAUGGUGGCGGGAAAGCGUUAUUUUGGCGCGUCGGCGAAAUGCGAAGAUGGGGACGAGGCGAGAAGGUGUCAGAAGGCGAUUGGACAGUUUUUUCAUCUGAUCGGGAUUUUUGUGGUGGCAGAUGCACUGCCGUUUCUUUGGUGGUUGGAUUUGCAGGGGCACGAAAAGGCGAUGAAGAAGACGGCGAAAGAGUUAGAUGGAAUACUCGGAGGGUGGCUGGAGGAGCACCGCCAGAGGAGAGGAGCUUCUCAUGGUGAGGCGGAGGAUGAAGGAGGUGAUGAGGAUUUCAUUGAUGUCAUGUUGUCUCUUGAGGAGGAAGGGCAGCUUUCAAAUUUUCAGUAUAGUUCAGAUACUAGCAUCAAGUCUACCUGUCUGGCGCUUAUACUUGGUGGGAGUGACACGACAGCAGGAACUCUUACAUGGGCAAUCUCAUUACUCUUAAACAAUCCCGAUGCCAUGAAAAUGGCACAAGAAGAGCUAGACCUCCACGUCGGCACAGAAAGACAGGUUGAAGAAUCCGACAUCACAAACUUGGUAUAUCUCCAAGCCAUAAUCAAGGAAACUCUGCGUCUGUACCCGGCUGGGCCCCUUUUGGGACCGAGAGAAGCUCUGGAAGACUGUACCGUAGCAGGGUACCGCGUGCCAGCCGGCACCCGGCUAGUGGUCAAUGUGUGGAAGAUUCAAAGGGAUCCAAGGGUUUGGGAGAACCCAUCUGCUUUUGUUCCUGAGAGGUUCUUGGAAAGCCAUAGCCAUGUCGACGUCAGAGGGCAACAAUUUAAUCUGAUGCCGUUUGGCUUUGGCAGACGGUCGUGCCCUGGUGUGUCGUUUGCCAUGCAGGUUCUUCACCUAACGCUUGCCCGACUGCUGCACGGGUUUAAGAUUGAAACGGCGUCGGGUCAGUCUGUUGAUUUGACUGAGAGUCCUGGUUUAACCAUUCCGAAAGCAACUCCGUUGGAAGUUCUCCUCAGCCCACGUCUACCUAGUGAACUCUAUCUCUAGUCAAAGUGUCUGAACAACAAUAAAACUUGAACUGCUUAAUUUGUCGGUUAAUUAAGGAGGUUUAAACGGCUUUUAUUUUGAUGUAAGGUGUAUCUUUUCUUCCUGUCAUGCUACAAGCUAUUGAGAGAGGAGAAAUUGAAUCCAGUAGUGUGGUAUGUGGUAUGAUAUUUUAGUGAAUACUAGAAAUUAGGCCUGCGCGUUGCCGCAGGAACCAGCUGUUUCAAGCGUAAUCGGAUGAAUAAAACACAUUUAAGUUGAAUAAA